UCACGUGUGGACCCGCCUCCAAUAAAGCGCAGCCAAAAGUCAGCGCUCCUCUUCCUUCACGCGGCCAAACCCACGUCGAGAGGAGGCAGCGGAGGAGCUGUAAACCGAAACCACCGGAGCCCGUGCUGCGUGAAGGCGGCGCACGGAGAUGAUUCAUCGGUAAAAUAAAGCCGUCGGUAACCGGACACUGCGGCUGAUCUGGACCCGGCGCUCAGCAGAGGACACCGGCGCAUGUGGAGCUUGUCUUUUUUUGGGGGGGAGAAGGCCAGCUUCUAUAGGCUGCAGCGCCAGUGAGGCAGCUCCGUGCGCACCGGAGAGCCCACCAUCCAAUUGGUGGAACCACAGAGGGGAGCCCCGGCCUUCUCCACUGCAGGAGGAGCAGAGGAGACCGAGGGAGAGAGAGGACACCGCUGCCAAGACAGAAGCAGGAGCAGCAGCAGCAGCAGCAGCAGCAGCAGGAGCAGGAGGAGGAGCACCACCAGCCUGCGCAGUUCAGAGAGGAAGUAUUUGGCUCCAGCGUUGCGCGGCAUGACGGACUUCAACCAAACUGCGCACUGACUCCGCAGGAUGCACCGCUGCAGCUGCACGCUCCGCUAAAGACGCACAACUGCAGGACUCCGACAGAAGAACCGAGCCCGACCACAGCUGCGACAUCCCCCCCCACCACCCACUACUACUGAACGCUCCUCAUUCCCGUCCAAUCCGGAGAGACGUGCGCCGUGGCCUUGCCGCGGACAUGGGACAUGUAAAUAGUAGCCGGGCUGGAUUUUAAACUACAAGCACACAUCCCACGUCCUCCCCCCGCCCCCUCCAUCUCCUCCCGGGCCGUCCCGAGAUGGAGUCGGAGACUCGGGUCGAGCCGCAGCAGGAGGGAGCCGCCGAGCUGCCCAUGCACAGCGUCCACGGGACCAACCGGACCAGGCCGUCCUCCUACCGGGCCCUGCGCAGCGCCGUGUCCAGCCUGGCCCGCAUAGACGACUUCACCAGCGAGAAGAUCGGAGCCGGCUUCUUCUCUGAGGUGUUCAAGGUCCAGCAUCGUGUGUCAGGUCAGGUGAUGGCUCUGAAGAUGAACAUCAUGGCCAGUAACCGAGCCAACAUGCUCAGGGAGGUGCAGCUCAUGAACCGUCUGUCCCACCCCAACAUACUCAGGUUUAUAGGAGUGUGUGUCCACGAGGGGCAGCUCCACGCUCUCACUGAGUACAUCAACGGAGGGAACCUGGAGCAGCUGUUGGGCAGCAACGUGUACCUGUCGUGGAGCGUGCGGCUCAACCUGGCUCUGGACAUCGCCCGCGGGCUGCAGUAUCUGCACAGCAAGGGCAUCUUCCACAGGGACCUCACCUCCAAGAACUGCCUGGUGCGCUGGGAGAGCGGCGUGUGCUCGGCCGUGGUGGGAGACUUUGGCCUGGCGGAGAAAAUCCCAGAUUACAG